GAAGAAGCGCUUCCGGAGUUCGGGGGUCGGUGGAAGAUGGCGGCCGCCGAAAGGGGUUGGUGCUUAUACGAGUUAUUCAGGUUUUUGUAUUCAUUAUUCCUCCCUGGGUUAAUGGUAUGUGGAACUUUAUGUGCGUGUUUGCUCAUUGUCCUUUGGGGAAGCAGACUGCUGCUACGGCAAAAGAAAAAGUUGGCAUCAACUAGCAAAACUGGGAAGAGUCAAAUGGUGAUUGCAUUUUUCCAUCCAUACUGCAAUGCUGGUGGAGGAGGAGAAAGAGUUUUAUGGUGUGCCUUAAGGGCUCUACAGAAAAAGUUUCCCGAAGCCGUUUAUGUUGUUUACACUGGUGAUGCCGAUGUCAGCGGUCAACAGAUACUGGACGGUGCUUUCAGAAGAUUUAACAUCAGAUUGCCUCACCCAGUGAAGUUUCUUUUCUUGAGGAAGCGCUACCUCGUGGAAGCUUCACUCUAUCCCCAUUUCACGCUGCUGGGCCAGAGUCUGGGGUCCGUUUUUCUUGGCUGGGAAGCCCUGAUGCAGUGUGUUCCUCACAUUUACAUCGAUUCGAUGGGCUACGCUUUCACGCUUCCUCUGUUUAAGUAUCUAGGCGGUUGCCGCGUUGGAAGCUAUGUUCAUUAUCCCACCAUCAGCACUGACAUGCUCUCUGUAGUGAAGAAUCAGCACGUCGGAUUUAACAACGCGGCCUUCAUUACCAGGAACCCUUUUCUCAGCAAAGUCAAGCUCAUCUACUACCACUUAUUCGCCUGCGUAUAUGGGCUUGUUGGUUCUUGCAGUGACGUUGUCAUGGUCAAUUCCUCUUGGACGCUGAACCAUAUCCUCUCCCUGUGGAAGGCUGGGAAUCGAACUCACGUUGUUUACCCACCUUGCGACGUGCAGACAUUUCUAGACAUUCCCUUACACGGCAAGAAGACAACCUCAGGACACAUGCUGGUUUCCAUUGGCCAGUUCAGGCCCGAGAAGAACCAUCCUUUGCAGAUCAGAGCCUUUGCUAAAUUGCUGAGUAAGAAGGAGGCUGCGUCACUUCUUCCACUUAAACUUGUCCUCAUUGGAGGCUGUCGGAACCAAGAUGAUGAACUUCGGGUGAACCAGCUGCGGAGGCUUUCUGAGGAUCUAGGCGUCCACAAAGAUGUGGAAUUUAAAAUCAACAUUCCAUUCGAUGAAUUAAAGAAUUACUUGUCUGAAGCAACCAUUGGUCUGCAUACCAUGUGGAACGAGCACUUUGGGAUUGGAAUUGUGGAGUGUAUGGCAGCUGGCACAAUUGUUCUUGCCCACAAUUCAGGGGGCCCGAAGCUGGACAUCGUUGUGCCUCACGAAGGUGCGUGCACUGGAUUUCUGGCUGACGGGGAAGAAGGCUACGCCGAGACCAUGGCCCAGAUUCUUUCCAUGUCUGCAGACAAGAGACUCCACAUCAGAAACAGUGCCCGGGCAUCUGUAAGCAGAUUCUCCGAUCAGGAGUUUGAAGUGACAUUCCUGUCGUCUGUGGAGAAAUUGUUUCAGUGAUGCCACAUCUGUACGCAUUUAAAGUGAUGAUCUCAUCUGCGGACCCAUCCACACGGUCUCCAUCAUCAGCAUCGUGCGGUGUAAGACGAGGUGGCAUCUUGGAAAGAGCCCUGGGCCGGCCGUUGGAAUAGCUGGACCUGACCUCAGCAGCAUCCUUUACAGACGUCUGAUGUUUUGACACUAACGCCGCUCCCUAAUCGGUCUGAGUCUCAGCUCCUUUCUCUGUAAUCUGGAGAUGCUAAUGGCUGGCCUCACUGGAAAGUAUGUGAAAGUACUUUGAAAAUUAUAAAAGUUACUUUAAUUAAAAGUAACAAUAUAAAGUAGAUGCCUUCUGGAAUCCUAUCUUUAUCAGUGCUUUACAACCUGAUGUAGAUUCUCGGUUACUAAGCCAGUAUCUAGGUAUCAGUAUCAUUUAACAGGCCUUCUGUCCUGAAUAACUAGCAUGGAAACGUGAACAUUUUCAUGUGCAGGUGUGGCUAUGGAGACUUACAACUUUGCGCAUUCCCUGCAUACGUGGUCAUUUCCUUUUAGUUCGGUGGGACCUCAUUCACAGUGUGAUUGCAACUUUGUGUUAGAGGCAUGUGAAAGAGGUGUAUUUUUCCUCUCCAGUCUCCUCUUUUGCAUUCAUGGAGCCAGCCAAUCUCAUUGUUUGGUUCCCAUUACACUGUUGAUUCAUCAGAUCAAAAAGCAGCAAAAUAGAGUCCCAGGAUGUUCUGACGCACCAGCACAGCUUUGUUUUGGAAAUUAUUCAAUUUAGAAAAGAGCAACUGGUGGAAAUUGGAGCUAGAAGGAGCUCUACAAAUUCUCUAGUUCAAUUUUCUCUUAUUUUCAGCUUUACAGACUGGAAUAACUUAAAAGAACUUUAAUUCUGCCAGUAUCACAAAGCUAUUUAAUAAUAAAAUCGGGAUCACUACCUUGGCCUUCUAACUCCCAGCCCAGUGCUUUUUCUUAUCUUACAGCUAGUCGUUGAGGUAAGAGUCAAACCAUUGCCCAUUCAGCCUCUCCAUCCUCCCAGAGAAAACCAUGGGACUAAGAUAAAUUGAAAUAGAGCAAAAGUGACAGGUGUAGUAAAGGAAGAAAAGAUUCUGAAAUUCCACAAAACAUUUAAAAAAUUUUUCAUUAAAAUAUAAUUUACAGUGUUCUGUCAAUUUCUGCCGUAUGGCAAAAUGACCCAGUCACACCCACAAAACAUUUUUAAGCUCGUUUCUUCAGAAUGAUUUUCAUUUAUCACAAACAUGUCAUUGGAAAAUAUAAUUUGCAUAUAUGUUCCUAAUGUGGUAUUAAAUGUUUGUUUGUUUCUUAAUCCCCGAUGCCGUGAAGAGUGUCAGAGCAGCAUCUCAGCUUCCGUCUUCCUGGAGUCCUAAGUGACUGUUAAUUCCUGUACGACGUUGCUUUUGCGUGGUCCAAACAUGCUGUUGUGAACCCACAGCAGUGGUGAUUCACAUUCUUAUUUCCACUUGUGCAUAAUAAACUACGUGUCCUUUGUAAUGUA